CUCCUACAGAACAGAGCACCCAUACUUAAGUAGCCAAUGGACCAGAUUGGUAUUCUCAGCUGUGAUGCAGAUUGUAAAAACGACCGUGUUCCAAUGUGGGCGCAGAUUUACCUGAGCCGGGGGGGGGGGGGACGAAAACAUCGGCACGCCUAGCAUUUGAAGUAGCUGCCCUGACCCCAUACUCGGAGGCCCCUCAUCGGUGCGGGAAGGGACCUGUUAGGAUAUGGCUUCCUGGACAGACAGACCUUGGCCGGGUCAACUGCUAUGUACAUCUCUUUACGCCCUGUGUCCCUCAAACCAUUCUUCCCUGCUCUCGCAUGUUCGGCCUGCUGUUCAUGGUAUUCGGAUGAUUGUUGCUACGAUUGCGAGUGCCGAAAAUUUUGGAGCUGCCUCUCAAGCACCACCAGUUGACAUCUCCUGGCCACCGUCAUCCAAAGAUGGCUCCAAAGGCUGUAGACAUACCCGCCUUCGCGGCAACCCAGAUCGCCCUCCUCGAAGCCGAGCAAAAGUCCGAGAUUGCAGAGACUAGCCAUCUCAUCUCGGCUCACUCCCCGUCGGCCCUGCAGCGCGCAGGUGUCGCCAUCACCAACCUGACCGUGUCGUCGCAGCGCACGGGACUGGGCGGCAAGACGGUCAUUGAGCUGGCCGCGGACUCGGCAGUGUCCGCCUCGGACGGCGAGCUGCCCGAACAUGGCAUCCGCACCGGCGACAUCGUCCUGGUCAGCGAGCAGCCCGCCGGCAGCGCCAAGAAGCGGGAGGUGAAGGACCUCGAGCGCAAGGGUGUCAAGGGCGUUGUCACGAGGGUGAGGAGGGCCGACCUCGGCGUGGCGCUGGACGAAGACAAGGAGGACGUCGGCGCGGCGCUUGGGGGCAGGGUGUGGAUCGUGAAGCUGGCCGACGAGGUCACGUUCAAGAGGAUGAACCAAACCAUGGAGAGGCUUCAGGCCAUGAGCGACUCUAAGCACUCCAUGUUCAUGCGAGUCCUGUUUGGCCAGUCCAGCCCUACGCCCGUUCCCCAACAUCUCGAGUCUGACCCAGAUGUUGGCAAGUUGGAAUGGGUUGACCCGAGUCUCAACGACUCGCAAAAGGACGCCAUACGUUUCGCCCUCGCCUCGAGGGAGAUUGCCUUGAUCCACGGCCCGCCUGGGACCGGCAAGACGCAUACGUUGAUCGAACUGAUCUUGCAAAUGAUCAAGAGGGGCUUGCGGGUUCUGGUCUGUGGGCCGUCCAACAUCUCAGUUGACAACAUCGUCGAGAGACUGUCGCCACACAAGAUCCCGAUCGUCCGUCUGGGCCACCCCGCUCGCCUGCUACCGUCCGUCUUGAAUCACUCAUUGGACGUUCUCACGCGGACUUCCGAAGCUGGCCAGAUAGUCAAGGACGUUCGCGAUGAAAUGGACGCGAAGCAGGCAUCGAUCAAGAAGACGAGGAAUGGAAGAGAACGCAGGGCGAUAUACAUGGACCUCAAGGAGCUGAGGAAAGAAUACCGCGUGCGGGAAAAAGGCUGCAUCAGCAACCUGGUCAAGGGGAGCAAAGUGGUCUUGGCUACUUUGCAUGGUGCCGGAGGCUUUCAGCUCCGGAAUGAGGAGUUCGAUGUCGUGAUCAUCGAUGAAGCAUCUCAGGCUCUUGAGGCCCAGUGCUGGGUGCCACUGCUAUCAGCCAAGAAGGCUGUCUGCGCUGGAGAUCAUCUCCAGCUGCCACCGACCAUCAAGUCGCUCAACACCAAACCCAAGACGACAGCAAAGGAAGGCGGCAAUGUGCCAAAGGGGGCAACGCUAGAGACCACCCUCUUCGACCGCCUCCUGGAACUUCACGGACCAUCAAUCAAGAGAAUGCUCACCACUCAGUAUCGCAUGCACGAAAAGAUCAUGCGCUUUCCUUCGGAUCAGCUGUAUGAGUCCAGGCUUAUCGCUGCCGACGCGGUCAAGGACCGCCUCCUUAAGGACCUGCCUUAUGAUGUAGAGGCAUGCGAUGACACCACGGAGCCGUUGAUUUUCAUCGACACUCAAGGUGGGGAUUUCCCCGAGAAGGAAGACGAGGAAGAUACCCCAAAGAACGCAAAGGCAUCCCUCAGAGGCGAUAGCAAGAGCAACGAGAUGGAGGCUUUGCUCGUCAAGCAGCAUGUCCGCGCUCUCGUGGGCGCUGGCGUCAAGGCUGCUGACAUUGCUGUUGUGACGCCUUAUAACGCCCAGCUUGCACAGCUUGCCCCUCUGAAAGAAGAAUUCCCUGGCAUCGAGCUUGGAAGUGUCGAUGGCUUCCAAGGCCGUGAGAAAGAAGCAAUCAUUGUCAGCCUCGUCAGAAGCAACUCCGAUGGCGAGGUCGGCUUCCUGGGGGAGAAGCGCCGGCUCAACGUUGCAAUGACGCGGCCCAAACGCUCACUUACUAUAAUUGGUGACUCGGAAACGGUUCAGAAAGGCAGCAGGUUCCUGAAGGAGUGGAUGUCUUUCCUCGAGGAUAACGCAGACCUGCGCUACCCUGAUCUCGCGUCCUUGACAACCGACGCUUGAAGCGAACCGAAGAGGGCCUUCUGUAGCGCCAUCCACUCUCCCAACCUCAAUUAGAAGCCCCACCAAAAGCUGACGCUCAGACGCUCACAACAUUGGACGGAGUUCAGGAAAACCAGCUCGUAGAACUCGAGCAGGCGUCGUGCAACAGGUGUCACCGGACCGACUUUGAGGCGAGAUGAGGACCCUCGAAGAUCUAGUCAGGUCCAAACGUCUGUGGUAUCUCGGCUCUGCCAGAACUGCGAGAUUGCGUCGACUUGCUCGGUUAUUCCACCCUUAUCUCCUUGUCCGAGGGGAGAAUCUGCCGGAGAGCUUUCGUGGAGCCGUUGCCAAACAUCUCGGGUCCCUUCUAGAUAUUCUGCUGCAAACAGCCGGAGAUGUUCGGGUGGGUGAGAGCCGACUUUCGUCCAAGCCGAGCACGUCAACAACGAGGGUGUCCCCAAUGGCAAGCCACGUGCAGAACGACGUUGUAAGAAAAUCGGAUGAGAUCAUCGAGCUCACCCCUGCAGUUUCAGACUCGUACCGAGGGAUGGGGGUCAGAGCGCCAGCAGGGAUGAGCUGUGCAAGCUGGGGCUCCCCAGUGUGCCCUGGGCCUGGCGUACCCUUUUCAGAAUGCGCGGAUACGACGACGCUAUGCGGGACAUGAUGAUAGCGACAUUGAAUAUGAUCUUGGGGAAAUUAACACGUCAAUUAGUGUCGAAGAUGCUCACUCCAAUGGGUUUCCAAAUGUUCGCGACCAUUCAUAUCAUUGGGAUUGUCUUGUAGCUUCAGCGUGGGUCCCGCCCGACGCGAGGGCUGCCG